UGCUCCUCGGGGGAGCGCGAAUCUGCGGUGUACGGUAGGGGAAGUCAGCUGAACGCGGCGGAAUGGUGAGGGUUUGAGCGACGAGAAGGGCAACCGCGCUCCACGUCGACUGCGGCGAGCGAUUCAGUUGCGAGUCGAGCCUCAUCGCGUCGACUUGUACAAUUAUAUAGGUUCCGCACGCUUGUUCGUGAACGCGACUCGUUUUCUUUUUUUCUUUUUUUAUCGCCAUACCAAAGAGAGCGGAUGUACUGGUUGUCGCUCCGGUGUGCUCCGACGACUUCUUUCCGUUACGUUUUGGUGUGCUCGCCUCAGAGAGCGUGUAACGACGAGCGCGAGUAAGUGCUAUUUCAUUAUCGAAAGUGCAGCCUCAUGCAUGGCUUCGUUCGCGAGUGAUACCACUGUUUCGUUGCUGCGACGGAUACAAUAAGGGAGAGAAAAGAAAAGUGCGACGGAAUCCCCCGGAAUUAGUAUCGCCGAUGAGCCGGAGAGUGUGAUAGAGAAAAAAAGUGGUGCUUUCGUCGAGUACAACCGACGGCGCGAGCGAGGAUCGACCGCAAAAGAUGCUGACGUCCAGCGCGAAUCAGUAUCUCCGUCCUGAAUACCUCACGCCGCUACCUACUACGUUAGAUGCAAAGAAAAGUCCACUCGCGCUGCUCGCACAGACCUGCAGCCAGAUAGGAGCGGAUCCACCGUCCAACAAAUCGCUGCUAAGUUCCUUGGACAAAUCGUCGAGUAACAGAUCGUCCAAGAGCGCGGAGCAAUCUCGGGAGAAGUGGUCGCCGACGGUGACAGUGUCGGCCACGUCGGUGCCAACGUCGACGAUCGAAUCCACGAAAACGAGUUUCAAGCCGUACGAGUCUUGCCUGGGACGCGAAAAGGCAUCCAGUCCGGACGAACCUCGAUCGUCGUCGAGUCACUCGACUUGCGGCCGAUCCCGAACACCUGGCAGCGGCAGCAAACGAUGCCCUAGUAAUCAGAGCGCCGCGGCAACGCGUGCAGUCACGCCGCAAGGUAGAAAAACGGCGACGCCGAACGGGGAAGUCACGCGGGACUCGCCGGCUUCGAGAAAUUCGGCGCCCUUGAUAGCGUCGAGCACGGUGGAGGCCGUUACGAGUCAACCAACCAACGUCAGUAGCCCCUCGUUACAAGCGAAACCCGCCUACAGUCCCGCCGGCGUCCUCGCGAUGACCGAUCCAUCUAUCAAGGAUCUCCCAUUGGGCACGUUCAAGCCGGGCGUCAGUCUACCGGCUUCCACCGCCGCCUACUUGGGUUACAGUCCUAAUCAAUUACCCAUCGACGUGAUGGCCAGCUCGCUCAUGUCUCAGCAUCACGCCGCCCUGAAAAACGGUCUCGUAGCCGCUAAUCCUUAUCUCAGCUAUACGCGACUGAAAACGGGUGGGCCCGCGGAUAGCCUGAUGCCGAUAUGCCGGGAUCCCUACUGCACCGGCUGCCAACUGAAUUCGCAUCUACUGUCGAGCUCCGUGGCGACCACCGUCGCCAAUAUUGCCAAUGGAAAAUUGCCAUCGGGCGCGACAUCGGCUUCCUGUCCGGCCGGAUGCGCCCAGUGCGAUCACAAACCCGGCAGCAUCUCGCCUUAUGGACCGCUCGGCACGGCAGGAGCGGUAUACGCGCACGCGCAGCUAGCCGCGUUGGCCGCCGGCACGCAGCUACCUUACGUAUGUAACUGGAUCGCGGGCGACACUGCGUACUGCGGCAAGAGAUUCGGCACGUCCGAGGAGCUGCUGCAGCAUCUCAGGAGUCACACGAGCGUGUCGAGCAACGGCGCGACCGAUCACGCGAGCGCGGCCGCCGCGCUGUCCCUGCUAUCGCCACCGGUCGGAUUACCACCGACCCAUCCCCUGUUCGCCAGAUCUUAUCCCACGCCACCCUUGAGCCCGCUCGCCACCGCGCGCUAUCAUCCCUAUGGAAAACCCUCGCCGCUGUUACCGCCGUCUUUGUCGUCGUUGGGCCUGCCGCUACCGCCGCCACCGCCGCCGCCGCAUCCGCACGCGACCGCCGGACUACCGCCGUAUUUUUCGCCCUACUCUAUUUACGGGCCUCGUCUAGGUGCCGCCUCCGGGAUGCAUCAAUGAGUUCUCGGUAACGAGCACUCGUGAGCCAAACGCUUGCGAGGUGAGUUGACCGGCGAACUGUGAUUUCUCUACGAAUUCGAGCACGUAAACCGGAGAGUGUCGCGUGUUCCGCCGACGUGAUGCUUGCAUGUAUUUACGGAAUCUCGUAAGGAGGAAGGUCUAAAGUUAUCGAGCGGAUAUCGAGGCGCGGUAGGAUUAUUUUUUCUUUUUAAUUUUUUGUUUUUUUAUUAGUACGCGAUGGUCUGCGUCUUCUGCAAAAUUGUACGCUAAGCCUUUUUUCACCUUGCGAUUGAAAAUACAGUAUAGAACUUGAAAGAUUGAAUAAUGUGUAAUGUACACCCGAAACGACACCUUCUACUUGUUCUUAAGCGCGAAUCCUUAGUGUUUCCAUGUUAACGCAGCCGGGAUUUUGAUAUAUAUUUCGUAGAUAGUAUAUAUCUUUAAUAAAUAUUAAGUUUUGAGAGUAUUUAGAAUUCUCAAUAAAUAUUCACUUAAAAGUCCUACUUUGUGCAAAAACUGCUUUUUUUUUGGAAAGUAAGUAUUCAAUCUUUUGAGGUUAAAAAAAUAAGAUGGCUGCGUAUCCCUACCUCAGCUCUCUUUACAGGAAUAAUAAUCUAUUUUUAUCAAAACUGUAUUGCAUUCGAACUGCAUUUAGGAUGAUUAAUUCUCGCUCAGCAGCAUCCGGAUAAUAAUAUAUGAAUACGAACAGCAUUUGCUUCUAUUAUCAUUAACUUCACUUGACAAUGAAGAAUCAGGUUCAAAUAGAAAUUAAAUAUCUCUUUGGAUUCUUUCAAAAAUUUUCAUAAAAUUUUAGCGUUUUUU